AUGUUCAACUGCCAACUGACCAAACUGACGACCAAGAUCAACCAGAACUCCCCAUCGCUCGCCCGCCAAUCAACAAGCAAGAGUACCCCAUCCCCAUCCACGAAAAGCUCACCGCCAAGACGGCCAAUCAAGAAAGCCUACCGAGCAAGAGAUCCAUUGAACCCUCUGCUCGACCACUUCAUCACCGGAGCAGCCUGCCUCUCCAGGAGUAGCCACCCCCCGUCGAGCGCUCGCCUUGGUCAUCCUCGCGACCCCGUUUCCGGCACCUUAGCUGAACUCGAAAGGUCCAAGAAAAUCUACUCAAGCUCCCAAGCGAUGGACAGAAGCAUCCAGAAACUCAUCAAGAUCAAUCCGCUUCCUCCACCCCCACCUCAACCAUCAACUUCCAAAUUCUCCCUCGAUCAUUAUCCACCUCAUCAAUCCCAUUCGCUCCCUUUGUCGUCAUCCUCCUCCUCCUCCAGCCGUGAGCCGACCUUCCGCUCCCUCGAACAAGCCUUACAAUGGACUCAGAUCUACAUCCGCUUCUUGAAAUCUUCACCCAAUCAAGAAGUGUUUGCCAGAAGGAUCAAAGAGCUCAUCCAUCGGCGACUACCUAAGAGACUCAUCGAACCGAUCAUCAGGUUUCAUAGCACGGAAGAAGGGCUAGUCUCGAUUCAAUCUUACAACCAUUUGAUCGCAUAUUACUACCAAUCCGAGCGAUAUCAUCUGGCUCGAAGAUUGAUCAAGGAGAUGGAGGAACGAGGGAUCCCGAAGAACCAAGAAACGCAAGAGUUGAUUGCUUGUUCCUAUCAAGCAUUAAACAAGUUCAAAGGGGUUCAGUUGACAUUAGAUGCGAUCAAAGCCGACGGUCAUCAAGUUAGUGAUCAAUGCUUGACGAGGCUGUUCUCAAUCCGACCAAGAAGGCCUUCUAAGCUCGAACAUUUCGAUUCGAUGGACGAUCCCGUCCCUUCUGGAUCGGACCCUCCUCCGACCAAACCAUGCUCAAAAAAGACCUUGCUGGCCAGGACGGAGGAGCAGAGUUGGAUGCCGAUCGAAGAUUUCCUGAAACACCAUCGCUGGGAUUCUGAAUACGUCAGGAAGGACGGUCGGGCACUGGUGACUCUGACGAAGCGGCUGAUGGAGCUUGGAAGAUGGAAAGAGGCGAAGGAGUUUGUUGAGAUGAUCCUCAACCUUGAUCUCAAGAGGAGUGCCGCCGAAAGUUCCCGGCUGGACAUUACCCCGUAUUGGGCCACGAGUCUGUUAGAGGCAUUGGUCUUCGGAUUAUACAACCUCAAGCGACAGCGACCCACUGACGACUCUCCUAGCACGAAAUCGGAUCGGUUACCGGUCGAGUGCGUCUUUCGGUUCGUCGAGCGUUUUAUCGAUCAGCACCCGGAACACCUGAUCAAAGCCAACAGUCGAACCUUACUGAACUGUCUGAGGAUACAGACCUUCCUAGCGCCCUCUGAAGUGCAUCGUAUAUCGCAGGUCUGGACGAGCCGAUACGGAUUGGACGCCAAGCUGAUGGGCUCCAGAACAGGUAUCCGCUUCUUACACGUCAUCUCCGCCUGGUUUGUUCGGCUGCUCAGAUCGACCCAAGCGCUCAUCUCCACUCUCGAUCGAUCUUCUCCUUCUUCCAGCUCUCUAGUCGAAGAAAUUCAGGCAAAUCUGAACCAACUGGUCAAUGAAUACCUGAUAAUCGAUGAGCACUUGAUUGAAUGUCUAGACCUGGAUGUCCCUCGAGCUGAAUCGUCAGCUAAGACGGGAAGCCAAACCGAGCAGAGCAGAGAAGAGUUGCUGAUUGAACGGUUGAUCUUGAAUGGCCCCGUGGACGGGAAACUGGUUCGGACGAAGUACCGAUUUAUUAGUACUCAAGACCUCCAAUCGAUCAAGUCGAGCCUCCAGAAGAUCUUCAAGAUCCGGCCCAAGAUCGCCAAGCUGAUGACUCUCCACUUCCACGCUAUCCUCAAUCCGUCCUCCGAAGCAAAGAGGGACAAGGCCGACUCAACUUCAGCUCUUAUUGACUUCUAUCGUCCAAUUCUUGGUGGUAAUAUACGCCUGUCGAAGUUUUUGAGUGAUCCUAGUCAUGAUCGUGAUGGUCAGACAUUCAGCCCAUUCAACCAGAAGUUCUACUCGCUAAUCGACCGCUUCAAGACCCAAGUUGAUCACCACACUGCUCAAGACCAUCCCCGCCAACUCACCCUCGACCUCGUCCCCAAGCUGCCCGGCUCUCGUCAUGCUCCAGCCCCAGCUCAGCUCAAUCCUCAUCCUCCGGCUCAUCAUACCCUUCUUUGUUGGAGAUCUGAAGACCGACAUUCAGUGCCUAUCUACUUCAAAUCUUCUUCUUCGUAG